GAAUGGCAAAACAUCAAACGCAAUAUCUUUAUUGGGGACUUUCGGCAAAAGAUCUGCAGCUCUUUGUGUAUUGUGUGCAAAAAUACAAAUUAUACAUAUAUCGCUUUCACUUAAUUAGUAAUAUAGAACUGUGAAAAUGGUUUAUUUACAAUUAGUCGUGGGCAUUGGCUGCGUAGUCGUUGCUGCAGCCGCAGCUGUUUAUUUUUCUAUGUCCAGUCCCGUGCCUCCCCAUCAAACACACAGAGGAAGACGGCAAGACGACGAUGAAGAUAACACAAACUUCGAUCCCAAUGGCCUGAAGGGGGAUAUACGCAAUAGAAAGCGUCUGCGAGAAAACCGAACCGGCGACAAGUGCAUCUUGUGUCUCGAAGUGAUGACUAACGAGACGAUGCGCCGCAUGCAUUGUGGUCACGCCCUGCACGAGUCUCCCUGUUUCCAGGAAUAUCGCAUGUGGCGUCGUCAGUGCCCGUAUUGCAAUCAGUUGGUGAUACGCAUCGAUUUGCCAGGCGAGGAUUGCGCGAUUUGCUGUGAACCAAUGCAGGAGGAUACCAUGGAGUAUCUGAAGUGUGAGCACGCCUUGCACAGCAGUUGCUUGAGCAACUACAAAAAGAAUAACUACACGACAUGUCCUGUGUGCGUCAGGCAAUUGUAAAAAGGAUCUGAAAACAAUGACAAUUGAAGCAAUAUCGAUAAAUUAAAUGAUAUAUCAUUGUAAUUCUGAGUACUAUAAAAACAAACAUUUAUUAUUAAGCUACUAGAUGAAGCGGCACAAAUUUGAUUCAUAGAAUAUACUAUACAUAUAGAAACUAUAAACAGCAAUAGGUUAAGUGCCUUCUUGUAGUAGAGUUUAUCAAUAAAAUGCAGCCACAGUUUUUACUUCA